AUGGAGGGGGAGAUAGUCAGCUUAAUAAAGGUAUGGCUCCCAGUCUUUGUAUGUCUCUCUUAUUGCUAUGCAAUCAGUAAGAUAGUCUCCAGAGGUCUUACAAGACUCCUUUGUGUACUCCCAGUCGUCUUCAUUUUCCUCUUCCUCCCUCUCAAUUUAAAUUCCGUUCAUCUUCGAGGCACUACUGCAUUUUUCAUUGCUUGGCUCGGCAAUUUCAAGCUCUUACUUUUUGCUUUUGGUAAAGGCCCUUUGUGUUCUGACUCUUCAAUCUCUCUCAGACGCUUUGUGGCCGUUGCUUGCACUCCCAUCAAGAUCUCGACCCGUUUGGAGGAGACGCUUUGUGCCGUGUCUCGAAAACCUAUUCAGGACGAGGCCCCGUAUGGACAAAACAAAGAAAACCCACUAGAGAAACCAAAUAGUUUCCACCGAUCUCCACCAAUAUCACAUCUAAAUGGGAAAAACAAAGAAAACCCUGCUCCCAAAAAGUCUAAGGAACGUCAAUUAUUAUUCCCUCUAAAGCACGCAGUAAUUGGUGUCCUUCUGGCAAUUUUGAUACGUGUCUAUGACUAUAGUGAGGAUAUCCACCCAAAGAUUAUAUUGCUUCUAUAUUGCUUUCACAUAUACUUUCUUCUUGAAAUCAUUCUAGCAAUGGUGGCAACCCUGGCUCGAGCCCUGCUAGGAGUGGAGCUAGAGCCGCAGUUCAAUGAGCCAUACCUCACCACCUCGCUCCAAGACUUCUGGGGCAGGAGGUGGAACCUCAUGGUCACCAGCAUCCUACGCCCCACAGUAUACAAUCCCACCCGCCACGCCGCGACACGCUUCAUCGGCCGCAAGUGGGCGUCAAUUGCCGCCAUCCUCGCCACCUUCGUGGUGUCGGGGUUCAUGCAUGAGCUCAUGUUCUACUACUUGGGGUGCAUGAAGCCCACUUGGGAGGUCACAUGGUUCUUCCUCCUCCAAGGUUUGUGUUUGGCCGGCGAGAUUGUGUUGAAGAAGGCGGUUUUCGCAGCUGGCAGGUGGCGGUUGCCGCGGCUGAUCUCGGGGCCCUUGACCCUUGGAUUCGUGAUGGUCACCUGCUUUUGGCUGUUCUUUCCCCAGUUCCUCCGGUGUAAGGUUGAUGAGAGGGCGUUUGAGGAGUAUGCUGCUCUAGGCAAGUUUGUGAAGAAUGUGACUCGUACAUUAACAUAUCAAUUCUCUACAUUUUUUGGGAUAAUUGCUCUAUGAUGACCAAUGUUAAGGCACUAUCAUGUUAAUUAUCUGUUAUUGCCGCAA